AUGCCCCUAAUAGCUUUUGGAAUGGCCGGGCACUUGACUUCUUUGACCUCGUUCAUUAAUGAACAGUUCAGUGGGGAGGAGCUUGACGGGAGCUCGUUCUGGAGAUUCUUUUACAGCGUCUUGGCAAUUGUAAUCGUCACUUCUGUUGUCGUUGGCUCGUGCUCGUAUAAGUAUUUUAGGCCGCCCGGAAGCUCUUUCACUUUGUUUUUCCAAGUGUUUGUGGCUGCCUUUUUGGAAAUCUCUCAUAAAAGCCCGAGGGAUGCUAAAGAACUGUUUGAGUUCACUAAUCCUGAGUUUUGUAAGGCACCCCACACGAGGAGCCUGAGAUGUUUGGACAAGGCAGCUACAAUAAUACCCACAAUACCCCUCGAAGAACAAGCAAAUAAGAUAUGGAGACUCUGCAGGGCUAAGAGACGAGCCGGACGAGAAAGUGCCCAUGACCAUGUUCUGGCUUCUGCCGCAAGUUUUCCUGCUCGGCUCUUUCAGUGGAGUUUUCAGUUGCAAUGCUUUUUCGUGGACCAGUUGACCGUUUUGACUCAGAGGUAUUUACCGUUUUUUGUUACGGGUGUUUUUUGGGUCGGGAUUGAGAGGCGUUUUGUCGGUGUACGUGGUGGGGAAGUGAGUGAGAUGGGCAGGAAGAGGAAUUGGUUCGGACACGAUGUGAAAGGGAGUAGGGUCGAUAAGUAUUAUUGGACAUUGGCUUGGUUGAUGGGGACCGACUUGGUUUUGUUUGUUUUGGUGUCGGUUUUUAUCAGUAUAAUGAAGCCGAGUUAA